UACUUCUGCAGCUUGAUCGUGUCUCGGAGGGGCCGCAGUCACGACGAUCGGCUAAGCUUCAUUCAGUUGCGAGUGAAACGAGAAGAAGUGCAAACGUCUCAAGCGGAAAAUCAAGUUGUAUUUAACUUAGCUGCGAACUUGAAGAAGCUAAUGAUGAACGAAGAAGUGAGAAAGAGAUACAAAGUUGAAUGAAGUUGAUAUUUGCAAGAAAUCGAAAUAAAUCACAAAUCUAACAAGAGUUCAUACAUGUGUAUAAAUUGUAUGAAUUAAACGCGAGAAUUAAUUUGCAUAGAGCGUAGCCAAGACGAGCUCUUUAAUUUUUAAUUUAACCCACUUUCUAAACGACAAAAAGAAAAAGAAUCAAGCACAACAACAACAACAAAAACGAAAUCAAUUAACGAGCAAAUAAAAUAAUCUUAAUAGAAUGUGCAAGUGAUGCAUAUGAAUUUGUUUACUUGGUUUUUUUUUACAUUUACUUAUUUACUCAUAACGAAUUCAAACUAAACGAAAACCGGCCCCUGUAACAACAACAAUAGUUUUUAGCAAGAAAAAAAAAUUGACUUAAAACGCACUGUAAACGAUACCGAUACCGGAACUCCCCUGCCAGACCAACCGCCCGCCCGGCCGUUAGUCACUUUUAAAAACCGCAGCAACAAAAACAACAAGAACAAAAAAAGUGCAACCGCGUCGUGUAAAAAGCAACAACAACAACUGCAAAGGGAUAGAGCAGAAGAAUUUGGAUUCAUUGCUGAAGCUUCGAGUGGAAACGAGUUAACGAGCUAAACGCAAUCUGAGCGUGUUCAAUACAAUUGGCUACAGCAACAACAAAAACAACAAGUUGUUGGCCAACUUUUGCACAAAGUUCAUGAAGCCAAUGAAAAGUUCUGAAAGCUUCGCUUAACUGCAAUUUCAUAAUCACAUUCUUCUGGCAAUAACAACAUUUUUCAGCAGCUUUAACUGCCGGAUUCACAUUUCACCCAAACACACACACACACACACACACACUACACUCAACGUCUAGAAUUUCUUGGAUAAUUAUUACACUCCUGUCCACAUUUCUGUGUCAUUUGCGCUGACGCUGUAAAAUUUCAUUUCGAGUUGGCCAACAUUUUUUUUUAACGUACUUUUUCUGCCAGUUUGCAUAAACACCCAGCAGGCAAACAAUAAAAACCUAAACGAGCAACAAAACGUGCCAGGAACAAAGUUGAAACAGAAUAUGGCCUAAGGUGGCAACGUAACAAACAACAGCAACAAACAGCAGACAAUUCAAAGAAUGUCUUCCUCAAUUUGUUCGCACUUUACGCAGAAUGCGUGGAAAAAGGAUUUGUGCUCCAACUGUUUCAAGUCCAAGGAUGAGCACAAAGCAGCAGCCGCUGCUGCCGCUGGAAAGCUGGGAAAUGCUCUCAAAUCGGAGAGUCAAACCAAGACUGACUAUCCCAACAAGCACAAGACGCCGGCCAAGAGCAUUAUCAAGAAGGCCUUCGGCGUACGUCUGACCACGAGCAGCAACACCUUCAGCAAGAUGAGCAGCAACUCGGGAAAUUCGAAUAAGACUGGCAAAGUGUGUUUUCCCAAGCAGCUGCAUGAGAUCAUUGGCUAUGGCGGUGAAUGGUCGGAGGAUGAUGAUGACGAUGAUGAUGAUCAUGACUUUAUGAAUCUGGGCAACGAGCACGAUGACAUGGCCGUCACGGAAACAGACGAUGAGGAAGCCGUCGAGCUGAAACGCAUCACGCGCGCCAACACGGACUUUAAUAUGAACAAUGGCAACUUGCUGGGCGAUGCCCAGGACAACAUUAAGAAGUCAUUUGCGGCACUUAAGCUGGGGGCGCCCCAGGUGGACAAAGAGGGCAAAAAGCAAACGCUUACGAUCAAUGUGAUGCCCUUUGGGCAGCCCAAAAAGUCAAAUGCGUCCAGCAAGGCAGCAGCUGAGUUAGCCAAGACAACAACAACUGCAACGGCCAAGACAACAACAACUGCAGCAAGUUGCAGUGCCAUCACAGCGAAGCCUACAACAACAAAAACAGCCACAACCAUUAAGAGCACCAUAACCAGCAGCUGCAACAAAAAGGUGACAACAACAUUGACCCCAACGCUGGUGAAGAGCACGGCAGCAACAUGCUCGCGUGAUGGCAAGGAUAGUCCGCCCAUUGAGCGAGCCAUGGAGAAAUCGCUAUUAGAUGAGAUCUCCGAAACAUUACAACAAAAGCAAAAGCAGAGCGAGAACUCUGCCACAGCAGCAGUGACAACAGCAACAGCAACAGUUGUAAGUAACAUCAGCAGCAGCAGCAGCAGCAGCAGCAACAGCAGCAAAAUCAAAUUUGAACUGAGCUCGCUGAGCGAUUCAUCGAAGCCAUUUCUUGACCUUAAGAAGCCAAUCGCACGGAACGCGCCCAUAACCAAGGAUCAUACCAAGCCCAAGGUCAACGUGUGCCACAAAUAUUCCGACACGGACAGCAACUGCUCGGACACGGAGAAUGGCGUCUCCGCCUACUACGAUGUGGUUGAAACCCAACUGAGCUACGAGAAUCUGCCCGAUGGCAAGUUCAGUGAACAGGUGGGCGUGGCCAGCGCCCAAACGGAGGCCACCAAUUCACACUACUCCAGCUCACAAUACAUAACGGACAUGUUGCUGAGCUCGAAGACACGCGCCGCCAGCUACAAUCUGCAUGAGGGCAACUUUAUGACCAGCAAAAUAACCUCAGAUGGUUUGAUUGUCACCAAGUGCAGCUCGGAUGAUGCCCUCGACUCGACGGGCAGCAGCUUCGACGGCAGCUCCGAUGAGGAGAACGUCUACAACAUGAUACGCAGCGAGUCCGACUCUGGCAUUGGCAUUAGUAUUGGCAGCGAGUACAAGAACUUGCCCAAUGGCGUCCUCAAGGGUGGCAACGAGCAGCGCUCGCAGGUGGAGAAGAAGCUCAGUGCCAGCACCAACAACUCGGACUACGAGGAUAUACAAAUCGGCGAUCAGUCUGGCAAUCAGGCAGCGGUCAAGAGUCGCGAACUCCAUGGCGAACCCGAUGGCAGCGCCGAUCCGGACAACAAGCUGGAGCAACAGCAGCAGGAGACAACAACGGAUGCGGUUUCCCAGCAGCUGCCAGCGUUGCCCAAAUCUCCGCCGCCUCCGAUGAAAAUCGAUGCGCGUCCUUCGUUUCUGCACGGUCUGAAAAAGCCCGAGUUGCCAGCAAAGCCGCUCGUCACCAGCAGCAGCAACAGCAACAACAGCACGCUCAACAACAACAACAGCAACAACAACAACACUUCGCCAAUGAAGAGCUUUAUGAGCAAGCGACAUCCAAGCAGCGCUGAGCAACAAUUUAUCAGUCAACUGCAAACGGCAAUUUCCAAAUCGAGUGAGAAUUUAUUAGCAGCAACAGCAGCAGCUGCUGCGGCAGCGGCAGCAGCAACAUCUGAGUCAGCCAAAGAUGAUGCCAAGCUAAAGAAGGGCAAAGCGCCGAAUCCGCCGCCGGAGCCAAAACUGAGUGCACCUCCUACGCCGGAGCGAGAUUACAGUUUGGUAGUUGAGUUCGAGCAGGCAACCAAGGCGGAGGCGGCAACAGUUGCUGCCAAUGAAGCGACAACAACACCACCACAAACAACAACAACAACAACAGCAGCAGCAACAGUUGAAAUAACAACAGCAGCAACAACUCCAGCCUGCAAUUUGUAUACAAAGAAACCAGCUGUGGCAGCGGCAGCUCCCGUUAUACGUGAGAAGGAUAAGCGAGAGCGUGCCGUAAUCAAUCCCAAGUUCCGUAGUCUCAACACCUUUGUGAUGCAACGUGCGAAUGCGGCAAAGCAGCUGCAGCUGCAGUCGGCCAGCUCCGUGUUGAAUCUAAAGCAACCCUUGACCCCGGAGCCAACGCCACGCAAUCAACGGCAUCUGUCCAUGUCCGAGGAGUGCCUGGCCGCCGCUGGCCUCGUGGAUCCACAGAGUGCAGCCAAAAAGUCACCCACUGCGUCGCCGCCACAGAAACAGAAAUCCAAGUUCUCCAUCAAGAAAUUCCUACGCAUGGGCAGCAAUGGAGGCAGCAAAUCCAACGAUCCACUGUCCAAGAAGGAGAACAGUGUCUACACGGAGAUCUGCACGGGCGACGAUGGCAGCGUUGUGGGCAAGCCACGUCUCGUUAUCAUACAUCCCAUUGACAUCAAUCCCACCGCCGUUGAGGUGGUCAAGGAUAUCACCAAGACUAACGAUACGGUUUCAGCACAAACGGUGGCUGUGGUCACCGCCAAACCGCCAGCACCGCCGCUGCGUGCCAGCCACAGCGAGGGACAGCGUGCCCAUGAGGCCAACAAGCCGGCACGCCCACCGCCCCCCAAAAGUGCCGAGCUGCGUCGCAAGCAGAAGACCGAGCUGACUGCCACACUGAGCGCGAGUAGCGUGGAUUCGGCAAAGAUCAGUGGCAAUCCCAGUGCUGGGGGAUCCAUCAAAUCCAAGGCGGACAACGUUUAUGCCAAUUUGGGUGAAAUUCGCUCCUCAAUUGCGCCGCGCAAGCCGGAACGUACGGCAAGCAUGCGGGAGCGUGAGGCGCAAUUGGAACUGGUCCGUAAGCGUGGCAUACUUACCGAUACUAUCUCCAUUUGCUCGUCAAACGGUGAGAAUGUAACGGCCGAUCAGUCCAAAAGCUAUGAUGCGGGUAAACCACCCACAGGUAGCACCACCACAACCACUACGACAGGCACAGCGACCACGAUGAAUAGCCGGACGAGCACCUUUGAGCGGCAGCCGAAGAAGGUCGAGACAAAGAUGUCCAUAUCGAGCAAGCUGGAAAUCUUUGAGCAGCGUGCACACGAUGCCACGGACAAUGGACAACGCAGCAGCUUGAAGGAUUCGGUGCGAAAGAUAAACAGCACUAUAGACAGCUAUCUGAAGGAUAAACGCGACUAUGAGAACAUGUACGAGCUGGUCAAAAUAGGCAACGACACCAACACCAACACAAACAAAACGACAACAACGACAUCGGCAACAGCUGCAGCAUCAACGCCACCAAUGCCACCAACACGCAGCAGCAACCUCGACCUGACCAACGUCGCGGGGCAACGUUUGAACCCAACGAGCAGACGCAACAACAUCUACUCGGAUACGGCCUCGAUUGCCAGCUAUACGCGCAGCGAGUACGGGCCAGUUCGCAACUAUGGCCUAAAUAACAGCUUGGCCAACAUUCCACGCGUCAUCUCGGCCUCGUAUGCGGGCAGCGAGGUGGGCGAGUUCGACAUCUAUGCGCCGUACAGUUACUACGGCAGCGAGGCUGGAGGGGAUGUGGCCACCGAUAUCAAUGACAGCGUCUGGGGCAUGCCCAUGGGCAACAAGAAUCGCAGCAAGGCCACGAAUCGUUUGCGCAUGCGCAAAGGACGCAGUGUCGUGCACAAGACCAUCGAGGAUAACUACACAGCUGUCGUGGUGGCCAAUCAUGAAGCACUUGCCCAGGUGCUCGAUCAGCUCCAGCAAACGCCAGUUGUUCCCGCGGCUUUGAGACCGCUGGCCAAUGCCAUUAACUUACGCUACGAGGACUUUAGCAUCCUAGAUGGCGCUCAGGCCUUUGUUGUGGGCAAAAAGGCGUUCCAUGCCGCCCUGUGGACCACAUCUCCAGUGACCUUAGCCCUUUCCGCCGAUUGCAAUCAAUUGGCCGGCGUGGGCGGCGAGUUGAGCCAAUUGACGGGCGGCGUCUGCGACGUGCUCAAUCCGAUAACCGAAUUUUGCGAUCUGGUUCCCAGCUACCAGCUGCCGUUGAUGCCCACCACAGAGGUGACAUUGCUGCAGGCAACCAUAUCUGUGUUGCCAAGACUUCAGCUGGAAACGUUGCAAUCGAUUGGAGCCAUUCUGAAGGGUAAAUCUCAAGUGCUGGACAAGAGCAACUUCAACUUCCGUGGCUCAAUACCAAAUCUAAGUGGCCUUAAGGACGCAGCUGGCGGAAAUGCUUUGCGCAAUGUGGUUUCUGUGCAGAAUCUUAGCACAUUGAAUGAGGAGUCGACAUCGUCCAUCAAUUCAGCUGUCAACGCUGGCGAGGAGAGUACAACGACGGCCAGUUCCAUGCCCGCCUUUGAUGAUGUCAUGACCAGAGAGGUGGCAUUCAUUAUGCUGCAGUUGGUCAAUGGCAUGAAGAAUCUCCAGGCAAAGGCCAUUGAGGAGACACCGUUGAGUCUCUCCAAUGUGGUGCUGUCAAAGGACAUGGAUAACAAGGAUGCACAGGCGCGCCUCUGUGUGCUACAAGGCCACAACAACGAUGACGAGGAGCCCAUGGGAACGCUCUGCAAAUGCGCACACGGUGCACUGACCGACAUGCUGCCCACCACGAAAAUCACGCCCAUUCUGGCCGACAUUCUGCAACAGGAACGCGCCGAAUCGCUGUCCAAGGCCAAGUCAGUGCUGGAAUUUGUGCUCUGGGGUCCCUCGGAUGUAGCACUCACCGGCGCUACAAAGGAACGAGAGCUGGCACUGCAACGUUGGCUGGAUCUGGAGCGAGCAACAGUUUUACAUGGCCUAGUGCGCACACGGGUCGAACUGACCGUCUACGACGAGUGUCACCUCAUGUUUUUGGUGCGCUCCACGGCCAAGAUGAUGAAUGAUGCGGCCAAAAUAGUGUGCAGCUAUCAGCAGCAGCAGGCGUCCCAUGAAUAGCCCAAGUUAACAUAACUCAAUUAUAAUUGAUAAUUAUCAGCAAAGCUAAUAUUAUUUAUUAUACAAGUUUAUCAUAUGAUUUUAGUCCUUUGAUUAGUUUAGUAUACUUAUUAUGGACUCACAUGUCAGAGUUCCGUACCUAGAUGCUUAUUAUAUACGUCGAAACAUGAAAUCUAUCUUAAUUGAUUCACCCCAAAAACGAUAAUAAAACGACGAUACGAUAAUAUCCAAUAAAUUGUACACUUUUUUGCCCGAGCGUGCCAAAUUCGAACAUCGCGCGGAAACUGUCUUAAAAUACAAAUCUGUCAACAGUGAAACUUUAAUUAAUUCUAGUUUAUUCUUAAUUGUUAGUUAAUACACUAUGCAACUAUUUAUACAUACUUUACUUAUUAUUAUACGCAGCAACCGUUGAGAACUAUUUAAAAUUCUAAUUCGGGUUGUUAAGGAAAUACAUUGGUGUUUGUUAAAAUAUCCAUACGUACACGUACAAUAUUGUAUAUCUAUCAAUAUGCAAAUAAAUAAAUACUGCGAAAGUAACUUUAUUAUUUA